UGGGAGGAGAUUGAUACAAAGUGUCACCCUGUGCAGCCAUGGAGCUGCUCUGUGUGCUGGGGCUGCUGGGAGCCCUGUGUGUUCUAUACUUUGGGUUCCAGCUGAUCAGGUUCCUCAGGGCUGAUGCAGACCUGACCCUGCUGUGGGCUGAGCUCUUUGGACACUCUCCAGAGAGCAAACUGUCUGGAAAUGUGGUCUGGGUGACGGGCGCUUCCAGUGGGAUCGGGGAAGAGUUAUCAUAUCAAUUGGCCAAACUGGGGUCACGCCUGGUCCUGUCCGCAAGACGAGAGAAUGAAUUGCUAAAGGUGAAGCAAAAAUGUUUAGAGAUAAGUAACUUAGAAGAUAAGGAUAUUCUAAUUGUUCCUCUUGAUCUGACCAAUGCAAGCACCCACGAAGCAGCAACAGAGAACGUUCUGAAGCAUUUUGGUCAAAUUGAUGUUUUGGUAAAUAACGGAGGGCGCUCACAGCGCUCACUGUGUAUGGAGACCGACCUGGAUGUUUAUCGGGCUUUACUAGAGGUCAAUUAUGUGGGGACGGUUUCCUUAACCAAGCACGUUCUCCACCACAUGGUCCAACGGAAAAAAGGAAAGGUUAUAUCAAUAAGCAGCGUCACCGGCUUUAUUGGGGUGCCACUCUCUUCUGGGUACGCCGCCAGCAAGCACGCUCUUCAGGGAUUUCUCAACAGUCUGCGAGUAGAACUAGGAUCUUACCCAGAUAUAACAAUUAGUAUUGUGUGCCCAGGACCUGUCCAGUCUAAAAUAGUGGAAAAUGCUUAUACGGAAAAGAUUGAGAAAUCUGCUCCCACGACAGAUCAGUCUUCUAAAAUGCCCACUGAACGCUGUGCUCGGCUCAUUCUGAUUACCAUUGCGAAUAACCUGUACGAAACCUGGAUUGCAGAGCAGCCUUUUUUAGCAAUAUGUUACCUAUGGCAGUACACUCCAACAUGGGCAUGGUGGUUAACAGGAAAGCUUGGCGCGCAAAGAAUACAGAAUUUCAAACGAGGAGUGGACGCAGAUUCUUCAUACUUUACAAAAAAGAUCAAAUAGAAGAAUCCCCUUUAUGACUUCAAUGCAGCAUUCAGACAAUGCUCCAAAAAGGAGAAAAUGUCAAUGUAUUCGUACAAUAUGUUCUAAUGAAACCACAACCCUUGAUUCAUGUUUAUACGAUUUUGUACUGAGAUUGUCACUGUGGAAGGCUGUAAGUAACCCCAAUUCAUAACGAUAAUGCACUAAACAAUAUGGGAAAAUAAACUCCUUGUAUUUAACUUUCCUGCUGUAUUCGGCUAAUAAACUGCAAGCUAGCUCCCCCCAGACCAGUACUCAAUCUAUAAGGAGCCUGGUCUGUGGGGUUCUUCAUAUCCCAUAAACCACGACUGCAACAUUUCUUGUUCAACCCUCACCUGCAGAUCUCCGAGUGGGCUGGCUACUCAAUAUGCUGAUCGUAGCCACAAACAGGCUGUUAUCCAUUUACUCACAGUGUUUAUAGAGUUAUUGCUUGUGAGUGCAUUUUCCCCAAUUGUUUUUUCUCACCAAUAUACUUUUUUUUUUUUUUUUUCAGCAACUGCAAAUGUAAACAAAAUGUGUGUGUGCACAGAGACCUUUGAAAUCUGCUAGUAAGCUGGAAUUAAUAUAUUUAAAAACUCAGCCUUAAUAGAAUGGAAAUCGGAUUCCUGAUUUAAAUUUGUUUUGUAAAUGAGGCAUGGUAUUUAAAUGUAUUUUUUUUUGUUUGUUUUUUUAAACAGUGGCCAAAUCCAGCUGAUAGUGUCUCUUUAAAAGGGAG